CGUGCUGCAGAAGAAGGGCAUUGUACGCGCUAAAAGGCGAGGAAGUCGAAGCUCCAGGGAAGCUAAAUUCUAAUUGUAGUUCUUCAAUGGAGAUGUUUGGGGAGCUACUGACUGUGAGUUUCACCUUUAAAGAAUCUUCUUAAUGAAUGGGCCCAGUAAACUCCUGGAGAGCUGGAGAGUGCCCUCCGAAGCACAGUCUCAGGAUUCAACUACCAAGCUUCUUUUUUGUGCCUUUGAGUGACAUGAGCCUGGAAUAGAAAGAUGGAAAAAGGAAGGACCAGAGUUCCACAGCUCCUUCACGUGCAUGACCAGAAUGACGUACUUCAUACUUAACAGACAUUGUGUGGUGGGCUGGCACAAUUGCAAUGGCUGUUGGCCAGAUUGGAAACUUCCUAGCAUACACCGCGGUCCCUACAGUCCUGGUGACUCCCUUGGGUGCCCUUGGAGUACCAUUUGGGUCCAUUUUAGCUUCUUAUCUUCUGAAGGAAAAGCUCAACAUCUUGGGCAAGUUGGGGUGUCUGCUAAGCUGUGCAGGUUCUGUCGUGCUGAUUAUCCAUUCCCCAAAGUCUGAAAGUGUGACAACUCAGGCUGAGCUGGAGGAGAAGCUGACCAAUCCAGUGUUUGUGGGAUACCUGUGCAUUGUGCUGCUCAUGCUGCUGCUGUUGAUCUUCUGGAUUGCACCAGCCCACGGACCCACCAACAUCAUGGUCUACAUCAGCAUCUGCUCCUUGCUGGGGAGUUUCACUGUGCCUUCCACCAAGGGCAUUGGGCUGGCAGCCCAAGACAUCUUACACAACAAUCCUUCUAGUCAGAGAGCCCUCUGCCUGUGCCUUGUGCUCCUGGCUGUCCUGGGCUGCAGCAUCAUUGUCCAAUUCAGGUACAUCAACAAGGCCCUGGAGUGCUUCGACUCCUCUGUGUUUGGGGCCAUCUACUAUGUCGUGUUUACCACACUGGUCCUACUGGCUUCAGCCAUCCUCUUCCGGGAGUGGAGCAAUGUGGGCCUGGUGGACUUCUUGGGCAUGGCCUGUGGAUUUACAACUGUCUCCGUGGGAAUUGUCCUUAUACAAGUGUUCAAAGAAUUCAAUUUUAACCUUGGGGAGAUGAAUAAAUCCAAUAUGAAAACAGACUAAGAUGCAACGGAGGGUUGGGGGCUUAAAGAGCAGGCCUUGGAGGGGGUCUGUGGUUUUGACUAGAUGCCAAGCAGAAAAGACUCUCAGUGAGAGUUGCCUGUGUUCUAACUAAUGAUCUAGUGGACAAUAGGGAGCCUGGUGCAAACACCAGGGUGGGGUCCAGACCUCUGCAGCACAAAGCUCCCAAUGGUUGUCUGGGUGUAAACUCUCUCUGAUGAGACAAAUCCUGUUUUCAUUUCCAUUAACCUAGAAGCUUUCAUAAUUACUUGUUUAAAACAUUUUAACAUGAUUGAACCAGAUAAUAAGGGUGAGGUCUUUCUAGUUAGUCUUUAUAGGGGAGCAGAUAUUCUUACCUGAGUACCUUGGGAAAGGAAGAAACUCUUGUGAAAUCUGGCUCUGUACAGUAAACGUGACUGGCAUUGUGUUUGUGUUAAGCAUGUGUAGCAUUCAGGUAGUUGACUCAAAUAGGAGGUAUAUGAAUUGAGUUGGUUUUAGUCUUUUAACAACUUGACUCUACUACAUGUACCCCAAAACCGAAGUAAGCAGAGAGAGGAGUUAAUAAUGGUGGUGCAGAGUUCCAUCGACAGGGUGACUUCCCAAUAGCUCAGAUCAAUUUUAGUGCCUUUAUCAUUUGAAGUAUUCACUUAAUUUAACUAUUGCUGUGUAUAUGUUAAAUGUCCUAACUAUAGAUAUGUAAAGUAGCUAGAAAAAGAUACUACGUUCAAUGGAAGAUAGUGAAAAUGAAAGAUAGAGAAAAAAUUGAAGAGUGACCCAUUUCUGUAUCAUUGUCCAAUUAAGGACAACUGAUUAAGUUUGAAGAGAUAAUUUAUUUGCAUUUAACCUAUGCUACUUGGAUCCAUUAUGAAAAAUACCUGCUUUCUGUUUCAGGAGGUAUUUUUUUCCGUUCAGAAGAAAUAACUAAUAAACUUGACAGUAAGGUUAUUAAAUUAGAGAGUGUCUAUUAAGUACAUACCAUAGGAAUUUAGUAAACAGGUCAAUGACACGGCUUAGGACUGUUUCUACAAAGGGCAAUGCAUACUUUCUAAGGGAGAUUCUAGCAAAGAUGACAACAGUUUAGCCUUCUUGUUGUUUGAAAUGGUAGAACCUUCUGAAGUUUUUACCAGACAUCUUACUAAACCUUCUGACUGUAUACAAAACCCCAGGUUUGAUACCCUGCAUCAGAAACAAACAGCAAAACAGAUCAACCUUCUUAAAUGGAAAAUAGCUGUCAAUAACACAGUGUUUUAGAUCAGAAAUGAUUCUUCUAUCCAUAAUAGCCUUCCCUGUGCAUUAAAUUGGAGCAAGGCACAAAGUGAUACAACGUAUCAUUAUAUAAUACACCAUAUUAGGAUGUUGUAUAUUCCACAUGCUUUGUUUUAUCUAAAUGCAAUAUGCCAAGUUUAAAAAUUGGGUUGGAUAAAAUAAGUUAGCUGAGGUAGAACAUGGAUUUUAAUAAUACCCAGUUAAACUUCUCACUAACACAAACGUGCUUUUCCAAAUAAAAAAGGCCAUCUCUCUGAAGCAAAUACCCAGAGAGUAGUUCACUGAAUGGUAGGAUAAAAGGGCAAAUAAAAUACUAGUUUAAUAUAAAGAAAUCUGGUUGUCUGGCUCAUUUGUCAGAUUCAAUGAAUUGUAUGAAUGAUGACCUUGGUGUAUCAAGACAGUGAUUUGUGAAGAACAGCAACAAAAUGAUUUAAACAGCUGAAAACCUUGCAGAAAGCAGUACUUAGCAAGUGUUCAAGUUCAUUCUUUUUUUGUAUCAGCUCUUGAAAUAUUGUUAAUCAUCAGUAUCAUUAGGAGUAUAAACCUUAAUUUAUUCCAAUUAUUGAACAUAAUUGGAAAGUGUGAUGUAGCAGGAUCAAUAUAAUUUUGAUAUUAGCAUUUCUGAGGUAAGAACAUAGCUAUACUAGUACAAGGAAGAUAUUUAUAAUGUGGAAAUUACCAUAUUCAUUUUGCUACUUAUUGUGGAACUUAGUUUAAAUGCAUCUGUCGAUGUACCUGAAGUUUUAACUCAUAGUUACAUCAUGAAUAUCCAAAGGCAUUAACAUUGUGUGUGUGAAGCAAAAUUUCAUAGUAUUAAUAGUUCUCCUAAGCUCUGGAACAGUGAGACCACUCAGGUUUCCAUCUGGUCAGCAGAUUGCUUCAGUAGGAUUCAUGCUUUUGUUCUAGAGGAACUCAUUGCUUUUCAAGUCUGAUAAUAAUGUCCCAGUAACCGAAGUAGGGUCCAGUUUUCAAAUUUAACAUAGUGCACAUAUAAGUAAGUAGCACUUACUACUAUUUUACAAAUUCUGUUUUUUACAAUUCACUUGGAAAUGCAAAUGAAAAUAAAAAUUCCCCAGUAAGAGCUUUGUGAGGAAGUCUAGCGUGCAAAGGAAUCUCUUAUUGGUCUCUCCAAUAGGAAACCCUUUCAUUAUGAUAUAUUUGGGGUGGGUUAUUUCUGAUAAAACGUAAGAAACCAUGCCUACUAUAUUCUUUUUUUCCAAAUCUUUAAAAUCAUCAAAAUAACAAGUGUUGUUAACAGUUAUUUAGAAAACUACUCUUGGAAGCCAUUGAGCCCAUUUCUCUCCUCUUCUACUUAGCCAAUGCCUUUGCUCAUACAUUUUUACAGUUGAAAGAUUUUCUGUUUUAAGUACUGAUCAAGUGUAGCAUCAAUUAGCCAUUCCUACUGGAACCCAGAUACAGGAUACCAUCUGGAGCAUUUUUCUGCUCUGUCAAAAGGGUAUAUCUGUGAAGGUUCUGGAGGAGGAAAGUGUAACUGCCCACACUGAUACCUUUGGAGUGGAACUGUUUUUCCAGUGCUGUAGCUGAUCACCAAGACGAUCACUGUGGUUGUUUCUAUUAGAAUAUCAGUAAAAUAUAUUUUGCUACUGUUUGUACAACAGUAAGAUUCUAUUUCAUUUCUAUUGUUCAAGUCAUUUUGUUCUGCUUAAUGUCAUUUCCAGUUCAUCACAGAAAUAAUAUAUUGAUCUUUUUCCUUCCUUAAGUUUCAUAUCUGUUUUCUUUUUCUUUGAAACAUGGGCAGCAUGUGUGCUAGACAAGAGUUUUACCUUGGAGCUACAUCCCUAGCCUGCUCAUGUCUACUUCUGAUAGACUCAUAUUCAAAUGUGCAGGCACAGAGCCUCCUCCUUUGUCCCACACAGCUCAGUUGCUGGUAACUGUGCUGAACUUUUAGAAGAUGGUCUUUAGGCUUCUGUAAAGUACUCAGAUGCAGUGCUUUUUAGACGUGGAAAACCAGAUGGUCUGUGGAAACGAGUAUUGAUGAGCAUAGACUACUGCCCUGCUGCAUAAUUCGUUUUCUCUUUACCCCCUUAAAAGGGGUCAUAGUGUGUAUCCCGGGCUGGCCUUGGACUCCACAGUCAUAUUUCCUCAACUUCCCCAGUGCUGGAAUUAAAGACAUCUGUCAUUACACUGGGCCUCCUGAGUAGUACAAUUUUUGUGUGCUGUGAUACUUUCAUUCCACACUGAUCUAGCAGAGCAGAGUUCCUCUCUGAUGCCUACUUGGUCUUAAUAUUCCUGUGACAUUUAGAAAAACUUGUGACUAUAUGAAUGAGGUCUAAGGAAGUAUUCUCAGAGUGUCUGACACCAAGGAGCUUGGUCAUCUGUUAAGCAGGACUGGAUAGAAUCCUGGUGUUAAGCCUUCUCAGGGACCAAAACUGUAUUAUUAGCUCCUUUGCACAGACUUUCUAAGGCCAUAGCCACAUUUUUUUCCUUUGUUUUACUUACAUUCAUUCCUAGAUUUUGUUGAGUUGGCAAAAGGCCACUUGGCACACCAAUCACAUUACAAGCCAGUUUACCACAUAGAAGUCCUAAACUUUUUGUAUUUCUCACUUCUAUAUGAUGGUUGUUUCCUGGUGAAUUUUAAGGGUCUGUCAUUUAGCUCUUAAGUGAUUUUUCACAUUUGGCAAGAUUUGUAUACUGUAUUAUACAUUCAAGGAGAUUAAGAAUUAUAGGAAUAGUAAUGAGCAUUUGGCCCAACAUCACUACUCAUUUUUUGUCAUACACAUUUUUCAUAUGUUAUUAAAUGAAACAAAAGAAUAUUUUUUAAAGUAAUAGCUAUUGCAUCAAAAGACAUCUAUUAAAAAUUGAUAUUCCAUAGAAAAAAAUGACCAUGUAAAUAAACAUCUAUUUCAAAUGUACCCAAAGUAACUUAAAAGUUUAGUUAUAGACCCAGGGAUUCAGGGAAGAUUUAUUUGUUUGUUUAUUUAUUUAUUUAUUUAUUUUUAAAGACUUAUUUUUAUUUCAUGGUUGUAUGGGCUUUUCCUGCAUGUAUGUAUGUGCAUCACUUGCAUCCAGUACCUGCCAAGGCCAGAAGAGGGUAUGGGAGCCCUAGGAACUGGAGUUACUGCCGGUUGUACACCACCACGUGGGCCCUAGUAAGCCAACCUGAGCCCUCUGCAGAAGUAGCAGAUGGUCUUAGGCACCAAGCCAUCUCUCCAGCUCCAGAGGACUUAUUUUUCUUUUCCCAAUUUUCUCCUGAUUUGUGAAAAUAUAUGUGAGUUUUUUAACCUUUCUGUGCCUCAGUUUUUCUACCUCGAAAGUUGUGGGAAGGUUCUUCAAGUUGAUUGAGUCUAAACUGAGAGUAUGUUUAGCUGUGGGAAGGUUCUUCAAGUUGAUUGAGUCUAAACUGAGAGUAUGUUUAGCUGUGGGAAGGUUCUUCAAGUUGAUUGAGUCUAAACUGAGAGUAUGUUUAGCUGUGGGAAGGUUCUUCAAGUUGAUUGAGUUUAAACUGAGAGUAUGUUCAGCAGCACUCUGGAAAAAUGUAGGUAGGAGCACCAUGCUGAGAACUGCUCUGGAAGAGGUGUGAUGAAACUCAGCUUGCAGACUUUGGAGCCUGAUCAAGACUACUGUAGAGCAUGUAGCCUUGAACACCAAACAAAUAAAGGGAACACUGGGUAUAAAGUGUGCAUGAUUCCUUAAGACUUAAUUUUGUUUAAGGGUUUAUACAUUUUGUUGUACAAUGAGGAAAUAAAAAAUGAACUUCAAAAAAAAUUUGAAAGAUCAAAUUAUGAUGGUGUGAUAUUUCCUUUUAUGUUCUACUUUGGUUUUUGUGCUGCAUAUGUGACCCAUCAAUUUGAAUUUGUCAUGAGAAACACUGAACUUCCUGCUUUUUAGCACCUUAGCCCUGAUACUGAAUUAUCUGAUGCCAGGUGAAUGUCUCAAAACACUAGUGCCAAAGAGUUACCUUGAAAAUUUCAGAAUAUUUCUUUGUUACAAUACCUUGCAUUUCACUCUACCAGUGCUUUUGCAUUUACAAAAAUUUAAAGAUGUGGAUUUUUAGUUGUAUUUUUUCUUUUUCUUUUUAAAAGGAUAAUUAUUAUUUCCUCGUGAAAUGAAUAAGAAAAAACAUAGAUUAAAAAGAAUGCCAAAUGUUGGUUGCAUAAAAGUUUUUUCCCACAUAAAUGUAAUAGGGAAAAUGUUUGUAGUUAGUACACAUACAUAAUAAUCAGUGUCUAAGAUUUGUUUAUAUUUUGCUGCAUAGAAAUAGUCAUAGCAUGUUAUACUUGCCUUAUGUAGAGAAAAAGGCUAUUAAGUUUUCCAAUAAUAUUUAUUAUUCUGUAUAUGUUUUAAAAUAAAGUAACAUUUCUAGCUGA